CUUCUAUUCGGCAACUUAUCUCUCUCUCUCUCUGUUGUGUUCACCGCUCUCGGCUCCUCCUACGUUCAUCGUUUCCCUCACGUUCACUUCGACCUCCGUUCACCUCACUCAGUCCGUCCUCACUGCAGUGUUUUCAAAAUGCCUCGAAAGCCAAUAAGGCGUCAACGACCCAAAUCUUGGCCCAUUACAUUCUCCCCAUUUGGCCGCGCUCUUGCUCGUAUGGCGUCCGUUUCUAAGCCAAACCGUCUUACCGAAUCCAUUGAGAACCCCACCCUUUCCUCUACUAGUAAUGGCUUCAACAAGCACACUUUGGAAGAAAGACCUGACGGGUCAGAGUCAUCUGACGGGGAGUUUGAUGGAGUUGUGCAAGCAGAUUUUGCCUUUUUUGAUCCUAAACCCACUGAUUUCCAUGGAGUUAAGACCCUGCUGCAAACUUACCUAGAUGUUGAAGAAUGGGAUUUGAGCGGCUUUGCAGACUUGAUUUUGGAACAGACCACUGUAGGGACUGUUGUGAAGGUAGAGGAUGACAAGGACGAAGGAGUUUUCGCUCUUGUUACCACUCUUAAUUUAUGGAGGUAUAGGGAGCAAAGAUGUAUUAUGAAACUCAAGGAAUUUCUCCUCCUUAAAGCAGGCCAAGAGAAGGGCAUUGCUGAUAAGUUGAGAUUACUUUUGGGGGAACAAGCACACAACGUAGGUCUUCUGGUAUCACAGCGUGUGGUGAACCUUCCUCCCCAGCUUUUACCACAUCUUUAUGAUUCUCUUUUUAAUGAAGUGUCAUGGGCCACAGAAGAUGAGCCAACAGAGGACCUCCGGAAUUCCUUCCGGUUUAAGCAUUAUAUAAUUCUUAGCAAAAUUUACAAGCACAAGAAUGCAGAACAACAGAAAAGAAAACUGAGCGAUGAUAGUGAAGAGGCAAUAGUAUAUGCUAAGCCCGAGGAUGAACUUUUUCACAAGUUAAGCUCGUGGUCCUUCUGUUUUCCUUUGCGCACGCAGCAACCUGCACCUCAUGAGCUGAAGAAUUACAGCUCAAUGGGAUUAAUCAUGGCUGUUGAGGCAGACAAAAUGCCAACAUUUCGUCAACAAUUAACUUCUUUAAUAAAUGAAGGCUGAAGGCAAACCAGAAGGCGUUUGAGAUGCCAAAUUUUGGGAUUUUUAAAAUUAAACUUUGUUGUCCUUUUUAUUCUGCAGUGAUAAUUGGCAAAAUUUUGAAAAUAAUUGAUCCCCCGUUGUUAGUUUGUACACUUUUCUGGGUUUCUCAA